AUGGAGAAGCUAUUGCCACUGACUACAGGGGAAAGUGAGCCCAUCGUCCACUGUGGGGGACAUUCCCACAAGGACUGUUGUGAGCGGGUGGUGAUAAAUGUUUCUGGCCUACGAUUUGAGACCCAAGCAAAGACCUUGAAACAGUUCCCCGAUACUUUACUGGGUGAUCCUCUGCGGCGUUUGCAAUAUUACGAUCCAUUGCGUAAUGAGUACUUCUUUGAUCGCAACCGGCCUUCCUUUGACUCUAUUCUGUAUUAUUACCAAUCUGGAGGACGGCUUCGAAGGCCAAUCAAUGUCCCUCUUGAUGUUUUUUUGGAGGAACUCAAAUUCUAUCAGUUGGGUGAAGAAGCUCUCUCUAAAUUUCGUGAUGAUGAAGGAUUCAUCAAGGAAGAAGAGCAGCCCAUGCCUGAUCGAGAAUUCCUCAAACAAGUGUGGCUGCUCUUUGAACAUCCAGAGAGUUCUCAGGCUGCACGCAUCAUUGCCAUCAUUUCAGUUAUGGUCAUUCUUAUCUCCAUUGUGAUUUUUUGCCUGGAGACUUUACCUGAGUUUCGGGAUGAGACCGAUAUGUCCUUGCCGCUUGUGCACCAUCAUUUGAAUAGCAGUGUGCCGCAUAUAAUGCCACCAAAAUCUCAUUCUGAAGAUCCUUUCUUCAUUGUGGAAACCAUUUGCAUCUGUUGGUUCUCCUUUGAACUCCUGGUGCGAUUCCUAGCCUGCCCAAGUAAGCCAGCUUUCUUCAAGGAUAUCAUGAACAUGAUUGAUUUUAUAGCUAUCAUCCCUUACUUUGUUGCCCUUGGUACAGAGUUUGCACGCCAGCGUGGGGUAAGUCAACCUGCCAUGUCAUUGGCUAUCCUCAGAGUCAUCCGGUUGGUGAGAGUCUUUAGAAUCUUCAAACUCUCCAGACACUCCAAAGGAUUGCAAAUCCUAGGUCAGACACUUAAAGCCAGCAUGAGGGAACUGGGCUUGCUCAUCUUCUUCCUCUUCAUUGGAGUCAUUUUGUUCUCCAGUGCUGUCUAUUUUGCAGAAGCUGAUCAUGAACAAUCAAAUUUCUCCAGCAUCCCUGCUGCCUUCUGGUGGGCUGUGGUUACCAUGACGACUGUAGGAUAUGGUGACAUGUACCCUGAAACUAUUGGAGGCAAAAUUGUGGGGUCUCUUUGUGCCAUUGCUGGAGUACUCACUAUCUCACUUCCAGUACCUGUCAUUGUCUCCAACUUCAGCUACUUUUAUCACCGAGAAACUGAUUGUGAAGAUCAAGGUCAAUACACCCACAUUACAACAUGCCCAUAUACCCCACCACCAUCCCCAGAACUUGCUGCCAUCCAGAGAAAAGUUCAUAUUCAUGAGAAAGCUCUACAUAGAGAGAAACAUGGUGACAAAGAACUUACUGUACCCAAUUCAGAAUUUCUAGAUGGUAUGGUACCUAUAGGCAAUUCAGAAGCACCCAACAAACGUCUUGUGACCCAAGUUUGA